AUUGAAUAGAAAAAAUGAUACCUGAAGCUGAAAAUUUUUAUAAUGGGGAGGAUUUAAAAGAAUUAUCGAAAAUUUAUGAAGAAAAAGAUGAGAAUAAAAGGAAAUUAGAAUCAUUGGUUAAGAAUGCUCAUCGACACAAUCUCGAUAAAUACGGCAAAUCACGACCAAAAGUUGUAUAAUUAUUCUGUCGCACCAAUGGUUAAGUUAAUUUCUAAAUUUUCGAAUUUAGAGGUAGUGACGAAUAAACUUGGUAAUAUAAAGUUCAAAGCUGACGUUGAAGAAAUCACAUCAUUGGAAAGUCUCGUAGAAAUUAUGAAACAAUCUGGUAGUAAAAAGAAACCUGUUAAGGCUGUAGGAACUUUUGAAGCGUUCAAUGAGAUUACUGAAACUAACGGAUUUCUUCUAUACACCAAUAAUUAUCGUGGGGUGACCAAAACGGAUUCAAAUAUAUUGAAGGAAGAAAACAAAGAUAAUAUUUAUUAUGAUGUGAAAUGUGGAACUACUCUUGCUGAAAUUGUGAAUGAAUUAAAAAAGGAUGAAAGAGCUUUAUAUAUUUUACCUGGAUUUGAUGGCCUAUCAGUAGUUGGAUGUAAUGCAACAUCUACACAUGGAUGUGGAAUUAUGCUUCAACCUUUAGCAUCUUUUGUAGUCGCAGUUAAUCUUGUUGUACCAGGAGGGACAAUUUAUAGAAUCGAACCAGCAAAUGGAAUCACGGAUCCUGAAUCAUUUUCAAAGCAACAUCCAGAUAUUCAACUAAUUCAAGAAGAUAAUGUGUUUAAUGCAAGCGUAGUAAAUUUAGGAGCGAUGGGGGUCGUAUAUCAGGUAACCAUCAGUUCAAUACCAUUUUACAAAAUACUUUCGAUGAGGGAGGAAUCAACUUGGGAAGAUGUUAAGCCUAUCUUAUCAAAACAACCUUACAACGAAAAUGAUAUUUUAAAAUAUCGUAACGCAGAAGUAUGGAUUAGCCCCUAUACACAUUAUGCUCUUAUAACAAGAAGAAAAUUUGCUACAAAAGAUGAUGAACAACGUUAUCCUAAAUCGCCUCUAAAGCAUUGGUUACAAGAAGUUUCAGAAAUUCCAAUGAUUAAAGAACUUGCUACUAAAUUAAGUGUUGAUGUUGGUCAUAUAUUAUUUCUAUUAUUAAAUUUAUUUCCAGGGAUUGUUCCUUCAAUGAUAGAAGAUGCUUUAAAAACUCAAUAUAAUAGUGUUCCUAUAGUUGAUGAUUAUAAUUUGAUUUAUUCGGUUGGAUUUGUUAAUGAUUUCAAAGUUAUUGCUAUGGAAUGUUCAUUCUCAAUGAAAGAUGAUAAUCAUAUUAAGGCCAUUGAUGCUAUAAGGGAAACACUACAAGAAAUAAGAACUAAUUUUAAUUAUAAUAUUAACGGUCCCAUUGCCGUAAGAUUUAGUGCCGCUUCUCCUCAGUAUAUGUCUAUGGGUUAUAAUACGAAUGAUGAACCAAGAUGCUAUGUUGAAAUGCCGAUCCUAGUAUAUAACACGGAAAUUGCUUAUUAUGAAAAAGUUUAUAAACCAAUAUUUGCUACAGCUUUAAAAUAUAAUGCUAGAUUUCAUUGGGGGCAAUAUUUAGACCCGGAACUAGAUCGGGAAUAUCUUCUUCAUUCUUUUGAUCAAGAUGCUGUUGAAUUAUUUAUUCAACAAAUCAGUAGAUUUGACCCUCAAGGUUUAAUGAGUAAUGAUUUAUUAAAUAAAUUUGGUCUUACUCCCAUUAGGAAAUAAUACCAUUUGCUGAAAGAAGGCAUGGCCAGCUAAAAUUUCGAUCCCACAUGAUGAUCUACACUAGCGAUCCAAUGAGAUUUAAUUCACGUGACAUAUAAUCAUUAUUGAUGAAAAUUUUUUAAAUAUUUAGGUUCAUUAAAGUUUGAUCUUUUACCCUCUUUUAUUAUCAUUUAUUAACGUUAAAGGAUUUUUACGCAAAUUUCAAAAAAGAGUUUUGUUUUAUUGUAUUUUUGUUUUGUAUUUUCGGUUUUGUUAUUUUUAUUGUAUU